AUGGGUAUUUAUGAGUCUGUGAAAGGAUAUAUCCAGAGAAAAAAGUAUCAGAGGCUGGAUCCACCUAUGAAAAGGCGGCGCCGUCUCAGAACUGCUAAAAUGAGUGGUAGAAAGCGGGGGAUCUUGAGGCUGAAGUUGCUUCCUAGGCUAAAAUUCAUGCAGUUUAACCCCAAGCAUUUGGUGGUGAAACUGAGAGAUGCAUAUGUGAAUAUGAUGAUGAAUCUGUCAAGUAGGAGAGUUUUCUCUUCUGAAUUGAUGGGGGUGUAUGGCAAUCCAUUUGGGAAACGGUGCAUGAAGGAAUAUGAUCCAAAAAUGCUGGCAGAGAUGAAUGAAUUGUACAUGAACCGGGGCAGGAAUUGCAGCCCUGUGUCCCCCGAAACUUCAAUUGUUUGA